CUGCUCACCCUGUUCUCUCAUCCUGUCAGGCCCUUCCACUGUAUUGUCCAGGAUGUGGCCUUCUCUAUGGGGUGCAACAUUGAACUCCAGAUCAAACACAGCAAGGUCAUGUGGAGGGAUGUGAUGGAGCCCUUCAUGGAGGUGGUGCAGGGUAUUGUGAUGUGGUGGAGCAGGGGAUGGAGUGCUGUCAUGAGUGGUUUGAGGUCAAGUGGCAGGAUGCCAUCAAAGCCCCAGUCAUCAACCACAUGUGUGUGUCCAUGAGAUUCCACUUCCUCUGUUACAUCAUGAGAGCACCAGGGACAUGUGAAAGACAAGCCUGACCUCUCCCUUCUCGGUGCCCCAGUUGACUGAGCACCAGCUGAGGGAAGAAGUGCAACUGCCAACACCAGAGUCAGAAGAGAUGCAUUCUAAUAACAAGUGUCUCACGGAAGCAUAUUAUGCAGAUAAGACAUCUUAAUUAUCUAUGUUACACAACUAAUUCUGAUUCUUCCGCUACAGAACUUUGGGCAAACAUUUGACAAGCUCAAUUUCUCCAUUGACGCACUGUCCAGAUAAUUCAGUACUAACGUGUAGUGCUGCAGUUACAAGCCCAACUCCUGUCUGCUCUCACUAAAACCAAGGCAGUUAAAUAAUGAAGGGAAUAAAAGACUGUAGUUUACACAUAAUUGGGUCAUUUGGAGGUUUUCUCUACUCGAAAUACAUGUAUGAUGCCUUACUCUUUUGAAGAUGCACUUUGCACAAUACUUUAAUUGGAUGUUAUUUACAGUUCUUGAGAUUCCACGUUUCCCUCUCAUGUGUGUAGGAGGAGCAGCAGUCUGUUUGGUGUGUCAGCCCUACAGGAGGAUUUCAGAGGCUCUGUGUAAAGCCUUUGAGGAGACCAAGGUUGGUCCCGUUUCUGGGGCUCAUCAAGCUCCUCCUCCUCCCACACCUUCAACACCAUCUGCACCUCGUGAGCCUACUCAACCACACAGCAACUCGGUUAGAUAUGACGGAAUGACAUGUGUGUUUAUGCUAUCUAAUGUAGGGGUUUGUCAGAUGUUCUGCUUUUUGAGGUUAUUUUAGUUCUUCAAAGUGACAUUGUCCUUUUCUUUUGUCAGUGAUUGGCCAAAGUCCAUACAUCCAGUUCCCAGGUCUGAAUCAGUCAGGGUUGAAAUCCAGCCUACUGCAGGCCUUGCGGACUAGAGUCAUGCACCCCUGCAUUAGACUCACUGCAGUACCAUGAUGUAGUUUAUUUCUAUAAAGUGUUUAUACAGUUUCUAAUGUAAUCCCCGCGUGUGUGCCGCUUCACUCUCUUCCUUCCUCUGAAGGGUGUUUGAAUAUGCGAGGCAGUAUACCCAAGACAUUUGCUUUGACAACGUCUACAUCACCACCUACUUCAGACAGAUUGAUGCCAGGAGAAACAGAGCAGUAAGCAAACAAAAUAUAACGUAUUAAUUUGGUCAGUGACGCUAAAAUGUUUAAUUUGGCUCUAUACUCCAGCAUUUUGGAGUAUAGGUAAAUAAAUAAUGUAUUGUCAUUUUGAGUCCCUUUCAAGUAUAGAAAAUGUUUCUUAACAAUUUUACAUUAAUGUGAAUGCUACCACGAUUACUGGUAAUCAUGAAUGAAUUGUGAGUUGCACAAAGAUCAUACACCCCAAAACAUGCUAACCUCUUACCAUUCCCGAUAACAGUGAGGCUAGCAUUUGUGGAGGGGUGUGAUAUUUGUGCGUCUAACAUUCUCACUCGUGUUCUGAAAGAACUGCAAAAUCUGAAUCCCUACAAAUCAGCCGGGCUAGACAAUCUGGACCCUCUCUUUUUAAAAUUAUCUGCCAAAAUUGUUGUAACCCCUAUUACUAUCCUAUUUAACCUCUCUUUCGUAUCGUCUGAGAUCCCCAAAGAUUGGAAAGCUGCCUCGGUCAUCUCCCUCUUCAAAGGGGGAGACACUCUAGACCCAAACUGCUAUAGACCUAUAUCCAUCCUGCCAUGCCUUUUUAAAAUCUUCGAAAGCCAAGUUAAUAAGCAGAUCACCGACCAUUUAGAAUCCCACCGUACCUUCUCCACUAUGCAAUCUGGUUUCGGAGCUGGUCACGGGUGCACCUCAGGCACGCUCAAAGUCCUAAACGAUAUCAUAACCGCCAUCGAUAAAAGACAGUACUGUGCAGCCGUCUUCAUCUACCCGGCCAAGGCUUUUGACUCUGUCAAUCACUGCAUUCUUAUCGGCAGACUCAAUAGCCUUUGCUUCUCAAAUGACUGCCUUGCCUGGUUCACCAACUACUUCUCAGAUAGAGUUCAGUGUGUCAAAUCGGAGGGUCUGUUGUCCGGACCUCUGGCAGUCUCUAUGGGGGUGCCACAGGGUUACAUUUUCGGGCUGACUCUUUUCUCUGUAAAUAUCAAUGAUGUCGCUCUUGCUGCUGGUGAUUCUCUGAUCCACCUCUAUGCAGAUGACACCAUUCUGUAUACAUCUGGUCCUUCUGACACUGUGCUAACAAACCUCCAAACAAGCUUCAAUGCCAUAAAUAAACAUUCAAUUUUCUAGCAACAGCUCUGGGGGACAUUUCUGCAGUCACCAUUUCAAUUGCACGCACCCUCAAUCUGAGACAUCUGAGGCAUUGUUUUGUGACAACUGCAUAUUUUAAAAUGGCCUUUUAUUGUCCCCAGCACAAGGUGCACAUGUGUAAUGAAUAUGCUGUUCAAUCAGCUUCUUAAUAUGCCAGACCUGUCAGGUGGCUGGAUUAUCUUGGCAAAGGAGAGAUUCUCACUAACAGGGAUGUAAACAAAUUUGAGAGAAACCACCUUUUUGUGUGUAUGGAAAAUUUCAGGGAUCUUAUUUUUUAGCUCAUGAAACAUGGGACCAACACUUUCCAUGUUGAAUUUAUAUUUUUGUUUGGUAUAGUAUAUAAAAAUAUAUAUUUUUCUAAGGUCAUAAUGUUUCAACUUAAGUAGUAGCUACAUUAAAACUCUGGGCGCCUCUACACAACAUGCACGUUGACAUUGGGCCCAGCCUAUGUAACGUUUUAAAUAGGCAGACUACCAUUUAUUAUUCCACUCCUUUUUUUUAUCCCUUGUGGAAUUGGCACAGGGAAGGUUUGAACAAACAGUAGGGUCUUGUCGGGCGACCUGCAAAUAAACAAAGAAUACAAUGUCGCACAAAGUAGAAACGCUCCUUAUGCUGUUAGUACUUGCAGUCGAUCUGGAUAUCACAAACGGUUGAUUUCCCCAGAGUUCUUAGCUGUGUUACGGAUAUCUCCCCGGAAAUUGGAGCAGCUACUGGGUCGACUGCUGAGUAUAAAUAGAAAUAAAACAAAUCAUUGUUCAGGAGAAAGUGUCACGACGUUCACCGAAGGUGGUUCCUCUCCCUGUUUGGGCGGUGGUCGGCGUCGCCGGCUUACUGGCCAUCACCGAUCCUUUUGUUAUUUUUGUCUUUGGUUCUGUCACACGUGGUUUCAUUUGCUUUAAUUUUUGUGUGUAUAAUUACCCCGGUUGCCUGCUUAGGUUUGUGUGGGAUUAUUCGUGUUUUGUUGAGGUUGUGCCUUAUUUCUUUUCACGUAUUCUACCGAGUGCUUACGUUCAAGGAGCGUUGUUUUCCUCCUUCCGUGAGUAACUGGUUACUCUUUUGUCGUGGGGCGUUUAUUUUGGUAUUGUACCUGACCUAUAUGUUUGUGGACUCGCCUAUUAAAAAUGCAACUCGGACAUCUCUGCUCUCCUGCGCUUGACUCCUGCCCAUACCUCUAAACACAAUAUCCUAACCGAAAGCUUGGCCUUCAUUUACAUCAUACACUAUUUGUGUGAAAUUCAACAGCUAAAUUAAGCUACCUCAUUAAGGCCAGUUGUGCACAUUCUUGUUUUUGUUCUAAUAUCCCUUAAUUGUUCCAGAUGAACACCAAAAUUAAGUCCAGGAAUCUGUAGGCUUAUAAAUGCAUGUUCUCCAUAAACAUGCAUUUAGGAACGUGACCAAAAGAAGAAACCUAGCCUAAUCCAGGUGUAAUGGAUAUAACUGUUCAUGCAAACUUGUGCACCAUUGCUGGUGGAGGUAUAUUUAAGCAAUAACACACGAGAGGGUGUGGUAUAUGGCCAAUAUACCAUGGCUAAGGGCUGUUCUUAGGCACAACCUUUAGCCAUGGUAUUUUGGCAAUAUAUAGCAAACCCCUAAGGUGCCUUAUUGCUAUUAUAAACUUGUUACCAAUGUAAUUGGAGCAGUAACAAUAAAUGUUUCGUCAUACCCGUGGUAUAUGGGUUUGUCAGCCAAUCCGCAUUCAGGGCUCGAACCACCCAGUUUAUAAUUCAAUGUAUUCAAUAGGCUUUAGCACAAUGUGUACACAGAGUGAAUGUGGCCCUUUUCCCCCAAUCCUGUAAGAAAUGCACUGGCUCGUGUGUGUCGAGUAAAGCAGUGCUUACCCGAGAGCAGCUUAUUGUAAUAGCAUUAGACACUACGCAUUCUGCUCAUACUGAAGCCCUACCUACAGUACUGCACAGCGGGGGGCGAAGAAGUGUAUACUGUAUGCAGAGAAACUAAGAAUUUGAGGGGGUAAGAGAGUAACAGAGGGAAAGCGGGAUACAAACACUUUUCAUGCUGGCAUUUCCACAACAGGGAGAGUGUUUUUCAAAGGUAUUUUGAGCAUUUAAAAUUCUGGCCCGGGUUGAAAAUGCAUGUGUGAAAUUUGUCCCUUGAGGUUCGAUAAACUUCUGAUUUUCAUUCUUCUCUAAUCAGGGACUGGUUUAGACCUGGGACACCAGAUGAGGUGAGUGCAAUGAUAGAUCAAGUAGGAACAAAAACCAGAAGUAUUUCGCCAUUCCAGGAUCAUAAUUGAAAUGCUGCCUGGGUUCAAAAUGCCAGUCUGAAAGCACCUAUAGAGAAACCACAGUGAGGGGAGAGACUGGCAUAGUAGAUAGAGGGCAAUCCUUCACUCUGUGUUUUCACUUAGCACUAAAUCAGCUGAAGUGUCAUUCCUGUUAUUAGUCCUCCCCUUAUGCUCUCUGAAGGGGAUUAGUUUCACAAAUCAAGCAAAAUUAAGCUGCUGCACAUACAGCAUGUGGGAGAGAAGUGCAACAUGGUGAAAGUGUGCAGCUCACAGAUGAAUCCAACUGGCCUCAGGAGUUCAGUGCUCCAGAAGCAUCCUCAUCUACAAAAUUGCUUCCAACACUCUACUCAGCAAACUGGAUGCAGUUUAUCACAGUGCCAUCCGUUUUGUCACUAAAUCACCUUAUACCACCCACCACUGCGACUUGUACGCUCUAGUCGGCUGGCCCUCGCUACAUAUUCGUCGCCAGACCCACUGGCUCCAGGUCAUCUACAAGUCCAUGCUAGGUAAAGCUCCGCCUUAUCUCAGUUCACUGGUCACGAUGGCAACACCCAUCCGUAGCACGAGCUCCAGCAGGUGUAUCUCACUGAUCAUCCCUAAAGCCAACACCUAAUUUGGCCGCCUUUCGUUCCAGUUCUCUGCUGCCUGUGACUGGAACUAAUUGCAAAAAUCGCUGAAGUUGGAGACUUUUAUCUCCCUCACCAACUUCAAACAUCUGCUAUCUGAGCAGCUAACCGAUCGCUGCAGCUGUACAUAGUCUAUCGGCAAAUAGCCCACCCAUUUUUACGUACCUCAUCCCCAUACAGUUUUUAUUUAUUUACUUUUCUGCUCUUUUGCUCACCAAUAUCUCUACCUGUACAUGACCAUCUGAUCAUUUAUCACUCCAGUGUUAAUCUGCAAAAUUGUAAUUAUUCGCCUACCUCAUGCCUUUUGCACACAAUGUUUAUAGACUCCCCCUUUUUUUUCCUACUGUGUUAUUGACUUGUUAAUUGUUUACUCCAUGUGUAACUCUGUUGUCUGCUCACACUGCUAUGCUUUAUCUUGGCCAGGUCGCAGUUGCAAAUGAGAACUUGUUCUCAACUAGCCUACCUGGUUAAAUAAAGGUGAAAUUUAAAAAUAAAUAAAAAAUGGUGGACAGUAUUGAGUGUUGAUUCAGCAGUGGUGAAGUCUAGUACCCAUGUUCAGGGUGAUUCAAAUAUCUCAUUCCACAGAAACUUUUCUACAUCUUGCCUGUCUGUGCCCUACUGUUCUACACACUAUAUAUUAGCUCACUGUCAUUUAUCUGACUGCCCCAUUUCUCUCUGUCUGUCCACCCUCUGCUGUGGCUGCCUGUCUGCGGGAGAAGAGGCGCACUCUGCUCCUUUAUAACCUGCAGAUCAAGAGGCGCAUCUCAUUCACCAAAAGGUGUUGUCCAGACUGGGCUGCAGGCUGCGGUGGUGCUGUGUGUGUUGGGAGAGGCAGAGGGGUGACCGGGCCGUGAAGUGCACAGUCCCAGGCGGCCUACUGGCUCCAGUGCUGGAGGGACCUGGGCAGGAUCUGUACCACCUGUGUCCCACUAGUAACUGGGACCCAGUAGAUAGUACAUAUCUGUGUCUGAACAGCUAUGUUAGGGCGACCACCUAUUAGGGUGACCACCUAAAUGAUCUGCAGACAGUAAAGAUAUUUAGCAUAUUAAGCCAUUACAGGUUUUGGUCCUGAAUCUUUUUCAAUGGCAAUAAAACAAACUUGCCGAAUGAACAGUUGAUCAUUAUACACUGUUAAAUGUUUAUAUUGGCUCAUUUCUUUCAAGUCUUGUUCUGAAGGAAAUUGUUUCAUUCUUUGAAUCCCUGUCCAAAGUUGUAUUUCCUGUGACUAAUUAAUCGUUAAAUCAACUAGACUAACAAUAGCAUCUGUUUCACCAGAGGUUUCAGCAGAUUGCAGUUGUUAUUUAGCAAUGCUGACAAUUGACAAAACUGUAGAUCCAGCUAAUUCUUUGGGAUGUUCAGACAAUAGGAUGACUUAAUAUUAUCAGAUUAAAUAGCCUGUCUGUGUGUAAGGUAAACAAUUGCAUAAUUUAGUCACACUUAAUUACCUUAAAAUGCAGGACUUUAUACAUCGAUUUAGUCAUUUUAGAAUUCGCUAUAUAGAAAUGUUGUAAGGUUAGAAUACGCGGCUGUCUAGAAUGUCACCGCAGAAAGAUUCAGGCAGUAAAGAGUUAAAGCACAAGAGAAAAUCCCGCCCUGUUCGGGGGUUGAAAUGCGAUUACGCCAUCGCUGUAAUACACGGACUCAGUUUUGUGCCCGAAUGUCUUGCAUGUGCGAAGCAGUCUGUCUUUCGGGAAAUAAAAUAUUCUGAAUAGUACUUUGGGAUUUUAACGAGAUCACAGUGGGCUCAUCUCCGCUACGGAAUGGACAUAUGUUGUAGUAGCUCUGUGUGUGAAGGUAACGGUACUGGAAGUAUGACCCUGCGAUAACUGCAGCCAGAGGCUACGGACAGCGAGCUGGGCUUGGUUAGAGGUUUGUUACAGGACUUUAUGGUGUGGGCUAAUGGCGCAGGUGAAUGAAGCCUCUUGAAAUAAAGUUACACGUUCGAUUGACUGGCACAAGCAACACUUCUGCUCUGCUUUGCAUUUGUGGAUACUAUCAUGGACUUUCGCUUGACAUUUGCCCCUGUAGGCAAAUUGAGGUAGCGGUAUAGUUUCCUCCAACAGAACCUGUGACCUUUCUCCGUUUUUGAAUGCCUUGUUUUACACCUUUUACGUGGAUUAGUUGAUGGACACGAGCUAAUGUCACUGCGCAACAAUGUUUCCGUCUAGAGCUCUGGUAACGUUGGUGCUACUCGAGACUGUUACAUUUCGCGGUACUCAAUCAAAUACGUUACCUAGUAACCGUUUAGGAUUGCUGCACGAUGCCGAGUUGCAGGAAUAUCUGCUGGCGGAACGUCAUAUGAAUUCAAAUAAAACAGAGAUGGAGAAGCCACAAGAGAAGCUGUCUCUUGUGAACGCAACAACAGUAUCGUCCCACUCCUCACUUACAAGUCCAGAGCACCACCAUGGUAGUAGGCACGGCAAGCCACUGGAGAGGACCAGGCCCUUUGUGGUAGUGGACGGACACAAUAGAAGUCUGAGUGAGGCCUUGCAGAACGGUCACCCAGACAAGCUACAGUGUGGUCUUCAAAUUGGAGGCAGCAUCUAUCUUUUGGACCUGGAGAAAAACCACGCUCUCCUGCCCAAGCCCCCCAAUGUCUUCUACUACCUCCCUAAUGGCACUGGGGUUUCUUUAGAGGAGAGCACAGUGACUCACUGCUACUACCACGGCUCAGUGAGGGGCUUCCCACAGUCCAGGGUGGCUCUCAGUACCUGCUCUGGACUCAGGGGUGUGGUGGCUAUCAACUCCACCCUGAGCUUUGAGCUGCAGCCUGAGGAAGACCAUGAGGAGGGGGCAGAGGAGAGUGGAGGGGAGGAGGAGGGGAUGCACCUGCUUUACUCCACCAGACCUCUGGAGAGGGGUAGUGUUGGGGGCUGUGGGGUGUCCCAUACACCUGUACCCCCCAUCCACAUCCCACCACAAGUCCCACACAGGAGUAAGAGGGACAUUCUCUCAGAGACCAAGUACAUAGAGCUUGUGCUUGUAGCUGAUCACGAAGAGUACCUUAACUACCAGAAAAUCAACAAGACUAUCAUCUAUCGAAUGCUGGAUGUGGCCAACCAAGUAGACUGGUUCUACCGGCCGCUGAGUGUGCGUGUGGCUCUAACUGGGCUGGAGAUCUGGAGUGACCAGGAUAAGAUCCGGGUUGACAAGAGUCCCUCAGACACCCUCAACCGCUUCCUGGAGUGGCGCACCAGAGAGCUGCUGCCCCGCCUGCGCCACGACAAUGCUCAGCUCAUUAUGGGGGAGUCAUUUGAUGGAACUACAGUGGGAAUGGCAUCUCAGUCUUCCAUGUGCUCCAAGGACCGGUCAGGAGGGGUCAAUGUGGAUCACCUGGUCAGUGUACUGGGGGUGGCGUCCACCAUUGCCCAUGAGCUCGGGCACAAUUUGGGCAUGAAUCAUGACACGGCCGACCGGCGCUGCCAGUGUCAGAACGAGCCACGCCUGGGAGGCUGCAUCAUGGAGCCGUCUACUGGGUUCAUGCCAGGCCAGCUGUUCAGCAGCUGCAGUGCCAGAGACCUGUCCCUCAGCCUGCUCCACGGUGGGGGGAUGUGCCUCUUCAACGUGCCCCAGCCUGAGAAACUGCUGGGGGGGCCACGCUGUGGAAACCUCUAUGUGGAGAAGGGAGAGGAGUGUGACUGCGGCCUGCUGGAUGAGUGUAACGAUCCUUGCUGCAACGCCACCACCUGUAAACUGGUUCCAGGGGCCCAGUGUUCCUCUGAUGGCAUCUGUUGUGACAACUGCAAGCUGCGUACAGGUGGAUGGAUGUGUCGGCAGCCCCUGGGGGAGUGUGACCUCCCAGAGCACUGCACCGGUACCUCUCCCUACUGCCCCCCCAACGUGUUCCUGCAGAACGGCGAGCCCUGCGAGGAAGGCUCCUCCUACUGCUACAGCGGUGUCUGCGCCAGCUUCAACACACAGUGCCAGAUGUUGUGGGGACCUAAUUCCACAAGGGCUCCGUCAGUCUGCUUUUCCUCCGUCAACAAACAGGGUAACAAAUACGGCAACUGUGGCCAGAUGCCAAACGGAACCUACAUCCCCUGCCCUAGCAAAGAUGUGCAUUGUGGGAGGCUCCAGUGCCAGGGAGGCAACGACCGUCCGUUGCUAGGCACCAGCGCUGAGAUCCUGACCACCAAAGUAAAAUUUAACUAUAGCGACUUUGUCUGCCGGGGAACCUACUUCCACCUUGGCGACGACGUCUCCGACCCUGCCAUGGUGGCACAGGGCACCGCGUGUGGUCUUGGCAAGGCCUGUUGGAACCAGCGGUGUCAGGAUGUGUCUUUGUUCGGCGUCGACGAUUGUCAGAGCAAAUGCAACGGACACGGGGUGUGCAACAGCAAUAAGAACUGCCACUGUGACGUGGGUUGGGCUCCUCCAGACUGUAGAUCCACGGGCCAUGGAGGCAGUGUGGACAGUGGCCCUGCAAGAGCACCUAGAGGAUCUGACCCGGCACGUGUGGCCUUGCUGGUCAUCUUCCUCUUCGUCCUGCCAGUGGUUCUCCUCUUCCUCGCCCUGCGUUUCCCCCGGUGUCACCGCAACCUGCCCUGCCUGGGCACUACCAGCCUCUUCCACAAGGGCACCGGACGCCAACAGAGCCGGACCCCGGCCACAGAGCGAGUGGAUGCUCGUAACGGGGAGCAGGUCCAACCACUGAGGUACCACUGGAGCCGCCAGAGUGACAUCCAAAUGACCCCGUCUCCGCCUUCUAACAAGAUUCAGGACAGACCUGCUCCACCUACUAAGCCACUCCCUCCUGACCCUGUCUUAAAACAAGCCCAGCCAUCGUUGAGUCGGCCGGCUCCUCCCACCAGGCCUCUACCCCCUGACCCUGUGCUAACAGGCAGCCAGGCCCUUGUACAACCCAAAAAACCACCAGCACCCAGGAAGUCCUUGCCUUCAGAGCCCCCGUCACAUCCCACCCACCCUGGGUACAUUGCAUCUGGUGCCCCCCUGCAACAUGGAGCGAGUAUAACUUCAGUUCCACCUGUUGGCCCUCCUGUUGCAGCUGUCCCUUCCAGACGUGCCCCUUUACCUCCAGUACGGACGUCACAACCCAGGAAACCCAACUCGACACCUCCGGUUUAACUGCCAAAGAUCCACAAAACCACUAAGAUUCUGAGAUUCUCUUAAACCGGACCUGAACGCAUGAAUUGCACUGAUUCAGCCAAGAGUUUUAUUAUGGAGAACCUUACAGGAAGGCUCAGAACCCAAAAGUCUCCAAAUGAAGGCUGCUUUUCACUCUCCCUGCCCCCCCUAAACUAUUUCCUGUUGUCUUCUUCCUGAGAGACUGACAGGUGCCUUACCUGUGUUGGGACAGACUGGGGCUCCGAGCAAAGCAGAGAAGGUCUGGAAUGUUCAGUCGGGUUGAUCCGUUGGCCAUUGAGAAACUGGAUGGAUGUAGUUAAGUAUCCGUCAAAGAUGUAACACUUCAUGAAAACUGUGUGGCUUUUGACAUUAACUGACAAUUACAAAAAUGGAUGUCUACACAGAGGCUAAGCUCAAUUGAGAUUAAAGGCCCAGUACUGGUUUUAUGGCAUUGGCACAUUUGAAUGUGCCCUGUGAUGCUUCAGAACAACGUAUUACUCUUCUACUUAUAGGUUGAAGCCCAAGUCAUCCUCCCAAUCUGACUGUGGCCACCACUUUUGCACCAUUUUGCAGUAUUUUAUUUUAAGUGGCUUGGCUAAUGCAGGCCUCAGGAAACCAGUCCUGACCACCCCCUGCUCUCUUUCUGGAAUAAAGAAGCAUGUCAACACUUUCAUUCACCGCAAUGAUUUCUUUGAUCUCCAUCACAAUGGUGUCAUUGAGGGGGAGGACCUUGCAUGCAACCCUUUCUGACUAACCCUUGAGAUGAAAUGAGAAUAGUGUCACAGAAACCUUAGUUCUUGAUUGCAGAGCUGUACAACUAACCGCACAACUGUAAAUACCAGAGAAUUCUAACUUGCCUACUUUUAAUUCUACAAUAAGGGCUAUUUAAAAGCCAAAGAGAUGGAUCUCUGGAGAAGUGAGGGGGGAAGUAGAUUGAACUUUGAAAUGAUAGGCCACUUCUCGAAGACUGACCUACGCUGUGACAGAAGACCGGUUGCCUUUUUUGUACCUUUGGUGAUCAGUUGUGCCGCACCAGUGUAAGCCAGAAUGAGUUAAAUGCACUCAUAGAAUGAGUAGCUCUUUUAAAUGAGUCUUCACAUAUCCAGGUGAAUUAAAACCAAGCCAUGGGAUUCACUUCUUUAGGAUUGGUGGGUCCCCUGCGGGACGGUUGAGCGAACGUAGGCUAAUGCGAUUAGCAUGAGGUUGUAAGUAACAAGAACAUUUCCCAGGACAUAGACAUAUCUGAUAUUGGCAGAAAGCUUUAACAAUCAUUUAUCUAACUGCACUGUCCAAUUUACAGUAGCUAUUACAGUGAAAGAAUACCAUGCUAUUGUUUGAGGAGCGUGCACAGUUUUGAACAUAAAGUUAUUAAUGAACAAAUUAGGCACAUUUGGGCAGUCUUGAUACAACAUUUUGAACAGAAAUGCAAUGGUUCCUUGGAUCAGGCUAAAACUUUGCACAUAUACUGCUGCCAUCUAGUGAAAUAUUUAUAAAUUGCACCUGGGCUGGAAUAAUACAUUAUGGCCAUUCUCGUGCAUUUCAAAGAUGGUACAAAAAAAACACAAAACGGUUGGUUUCUAAUUUGUAUUAUCUUUUACCAGAUCUAAUGUGUUAUUCUCCUACAUUCCUUUCACAUUUCCACAAACUUCAAAGUGUUUCCUUUCAAAUGAUACCAAGAAAAUGCAUAUCCUUGCUUCAGGGCCUGAGCUACAGGCAGUUAGAUUUGGGUGUCCUUUUAGGCGAAAAUUGAAUAAGAGGGGCCGAUCCUUAAGAGUUAAACUGGGGAAACGCUGACUGAAUGUACGAAAAAAAAAACUAUAGGCUCACACUUUACAUUAAGUCACAGCAAUGCCAUGUAGUUACACCAAAUAUAUAAUUUUCUCAGUCUUAUUUCAUGUAACUAGAUUGUUAAUUAAUGUACAACAUAUUGUCACUUAUCUUUUUAGUGCAAUUCAAGCAUUGUUAUGUUCCUUCUCUGCAGUACAGUGUACAGCUAGUUACCAAAGUAGUUUGAGUAACUUCAUGGUAUAAGGGCAACUUAAUAUAAAGUGUUAUGAUGUUCUGGAAUAAACCACAAUAUACGUAUUACUACUCCUGAAGUGGUGAGCUACCAGUACAGGGGCUGUAUGUCGGCAGGCAACAGUAUUGAUUUUGCCUGCAUGUCAUGAAAGUGUAUUUAAUUUCUAGUGAAAGAUUGUUUUCCAAGUCAAAACGUCUGUUUGUCUUCCAUUUAAUAUUAUUUAAAGUGAUGAAUUACCAGCCUUAUGAGUUUUAAGUUGAGCACUCCACGGCAACAUGGCUAACUGUGUCAAAUAGAUGAUUUUGUGUAUCAAUGGUGGCUUAUUUAGUCAAAGAAAAUUUGGCUAGCAGGUAUGAUAAUUGAAACUGAUAAUCUUCAUCCUGAUUUGAAAUCUGCCAAUACUUCUUGGUCAUUUGGAUAAAUGAGUACUGGUAUGCAUUACAAGCAUUUCAGAUAAUUUGACUGUUCAUUAUUUUUGAUUAAUUACUAAAGUUGUCAACUUUGAUUAUGACAAACUCUAAAUGGCGCAGGCAUGUGAUUAUGCCUUCCAUCGGUCCAUUUGAUUGAGAAUUUGUAAAUGUCAUUUUUUGACCUUCUACUGACUAUGAUCUGUUCCAAUGUUCUGAACACACUCUCCCUUUGGUUCUAUUCAUAUGUCUUACAUUUCUAAUACGUCUGAUUAUCAGUAUGAGAACACUCAGAUGUAACACGAAUUGUUACGAAUUUUGCUCAAUGCAAUUAUGGGAGGGUCUUUUCAUGAGACGGUUCUACUUUGACCUCUGUCUGCAGUUUUCCUACUGUCUCAAUUGAGACGUUCACUGCUGCUGAGAGAAAUAAAACAGACUGUGGAAAAGUGA